AUGUUACGGAUCUUCCGAAGUAGUCAAUCCGUGGAUGAGUUGCUCCAAUCCACCAAGACACACUUCCGAGAUAUGUACGCUAUACGGAGAGGACGGCUAACCGAAAAAGAAGUCAAUGAAAUGCUCCGCAAAUUACGGCGGGCCAAUGAUGUAGCGGAAGCCACGGAAGCUCUUAAAGCACUAUACAAGCCACUAGAUCAAUCCUCCGAAAAGGGCUUGCGCAAAGACUCGGCCGAGAAGAUUGCCCAUUUUGAUGGAGUCGGCAAUGCCCUCAUGGCAUUGGAAAAGUGGCACACACAGUCCCAAGAAUUCUGCUACAUGACAUUUCAAUUGCUGAUUCGUAUAUCCUUCUUUGUCCCAUCGACCAAAACCUUUAUUGUCAAUUCGGGAGGUAUUUUGACCAUCAUCGAAGCCGUCCGAGCUCACGAAGAAGGUCCGCAAGACGAUUACUUGUUCAAAUCUUCGGCACUCGGUCUAUUAACAAAUCUAUCGUUAGAAGUGGACGAUGCCAUCAAGGCCGAAGUGGCAUCGGAAGAAUGUGUUGAUCUCGUAUUGGAAUGCAUGAAACGAUGGCCCGAAAAGGAAUAUGCCCAAAAACGAGGAUGUAUAUAUUUUUAUGAGGUGGGGCAAAUUGAGGAAGUCAAGGAUUUGAUGCACGAAAAACGAGUGGGUCUGCCGAUUAUCGAAGCACUUGAUAGAUUUCGGGAGACGAAUAAGGAUGUACACAAAUGGGCCUCACAGGCAAUGGUGGUGUACUCGAGGAGUUAG